UCGAUUCGCGAUCGCCAUCAUGAAAACAUUCGCCCGUCGUUAUCGUUGUUUCUCCUCCGUCCUUGCGGGCUCCGCGGAUUGAAGCGAUAUCGAGCGUUCGGUCGGAGCCGGGGAACUCUCGUGUGCGAGAGUGCACGCGCGUAAGCUCCCGAACUCUUUUUUUGUCCCGCGGCUCCGGCUACGUAAACCGCGACGUGGUUCGGUGGGGAAAAAAAAGAAAAAAAAGAAAGAAACGAAGAGGAACGGAGUGAAGGCUGCUCCAUUCCGUCGUCGCGAUUUCGCGGUGCCACGCGAAGUGCGCCGCGAAAGAGAGAUUAUUAAAACGAGAGCGGAGAGGCAGCGCGACGCGGGAGAAAGAAAGAGACAGGGCGAGGAUUAUUUCCCUCUUUCUCUCUCGGAUCACCACGGUUCCCUAUUGUGGCGCGGGGUGUAUUCGCGAGGGUCCGCGAUAAGGAUACGGCCGCCGUUACUUAAAUGCCUCGCACAAAUUCCUACUCCAUGUUGUGCAUCGGUUGCGACACGGCUGCGUGUUGGAAAGUGAGUACAUGGUGACACACGGUUGUAGAGGAGCAAUCGGAAAGAGAGCUGCAGCGAAGGACAUCUAGUUAUCCUGCACCAAGCUGACUGUGACUUUCCACUGUUUCUCAAGACAGCGUAAUUGCAACUAGGAUAUAAACGGGAGUCUUCUUGAUUGAACAAAGAGUGAUACUGAAAGACAAGAGUUAUGGAACGAGAGUCUAAUCCUAUGCAAGCCCUGUGUCGCAGUGGCUGUGGAUUUUAUGGUUCGCCGGCUACUGAUGGCCUUUGUUCCCUUUGCUAUAAGGAAAAUUUGAAAAAGAAACAACAACCUCCAGUGUCAGCUGCCACUGUACCAACCUCACAGACUGUCUCCAGCAACGCUGGUACGUUGCAAGGCAGUUUUGGUAGUCCUGCAGCUACAGGAACGACGGCCCAACCUACCAUUCCUACCAUACCUCAGUCAACGUCAGAUCUGCCCAGUCCCAAAGAAAAGGUAAACAGGGAAGAUCAGGAAAGCGAAGUAGGUGUAAGCAGUGCAGUAGCUGAAGGCUCAUCGGCGAGUAGUGGCGAUGUAGACGACUCUUUUGACGGCAAAGAGACUGAUAAAGAAUCUAAGAAGAAGAAAAAUCGUUGUGCUGUAUGUCGCAAAAAAGUUGGUUUGACCGGAUUUGAGUGCCGUUGUGGAGGACUAUUCUGUGCCGUGCAUCGGUACAGUGACAAGCACGAUUGCAAAUUCGAUUACAAAGAAAUGGGCGCUCAAGAAAUUCGGCGCAACAAUCCAGUUGUUGUUGGUGAAAAAGUGCAAAAAAUUUGAACUAUUUAGUGUGUAGUCGUUGGGAAAAUGGUUAUUAUAACUAUAUAAACAAACAGAAUAUUAAAAAGAAAAUACGAAGAAAACGAGAUAAAUUAUCUGGCAGCUGAUUCGCACGUCGAGGGGUGAAACGAGCGAGUGCAAGUUCGAGAGAAAAUGAGAGAAUGAAUGUGAGUGAGCGCGUAAGAACGACAGCAAAAUUGUUUUGUAGCUGAAUCGUCGAAAAAAUAGAAAGAAAAAAAUGAAAGAAACGAAUAUAUCAGACAGAACAAAUAAACGAAAGAUCGUAAAUUAGAAUGUGUGUGUGUAUGAGAGCGAAUGGUUCAUAAUUGGAUGCCAGUGCCAUGUAAGUCAGAUUUGUCAUCUAGUGAGAGAAUUUUAAUUGAGAAUAUACCUGGUUACUAACUGCUGCCAGCUUACUAUUAUUAUUAUUACCUAUUAUUAUCUUCAUGAUUAUUACGGUUUAUAAUUAUUCUAUAUAUUAUGUUUAUUAAUUUACUUAAAUGGAAAAUUGCGAAUAUAUGAAGCUCGUUUUACAUAAAGGCAGAACUCUUGGUGCGGUCAGUCAGUCAGUCCAGGGCGUCUCCUUAGAAGUUUUGGUUUGUUCUAGAAAAAUUUUAUACAUUAUACUGUUUCGUUUAUAUAUCAAAAAAUAAAUAGGGAAUGUUGCUUAGGUAAUGGCUGACGUUGAUGGGUGAUCACAAUCUUAGGUUAAUAAUUAUAGUCUAAUUAUUAAGUAUAUUAGUCUAUUGAUUCACACAUAAAUAAUGCAAUGAAGUAUAAGUAGUACUGUGUGUUUAUGUCCAACUUCACGUGAAUAUAACCAGCAAUUAUUACUCAUUAAAUAUGUUUCAACCUAUAUUGCAAAUAAUUAUUUACACUGCGGCCGCAAAUCUGGGAUUUGUAAAUUAAACCCCUCUUUAACGUAUUCUUCGAUUUUUCUUAGAUAUAUAAAUGAAUUGUUGAAAUUGUCUAUUAGUUUACUCGUUUUCUUCUUUAUUUUUGCUUGUUUUGCGAGUUUUGUAGAAUAGCUGCGCGAGGUAUUCCGGUGCUGCAUAGCAGCGCAUAAUGUAAGAGUAAAUGAUUAAUAAAAAUGUCUAAUGAGA